GCCGGGCUUAACGGUGCCAUUGUACGGAAUUUAUACGGACCUUCACACGCAUUUUCCCCGCGCACAGUUUUCCGGUCUCUCGAAGACACAAAAAAAUAUAUAAUAAUCCUCCACGUGCUCAAGCGUUGUGUCCACAAACGUCCUUAUCGAAUUUCAAUUUCCUUGCCAGGAUACGGGAUAACCGAUAAAAAUAUUGGAAAUAGAAAACUGUGAUUUGUUUCUAUUUAGCAAAUAAAAAUCAAAGACCAUUACACACAGCGUGUGAGCCAUGCCAACGCAAAACAGCGCCAUGUGGGGCCAAAAGAGCAAUCGCAAGUUAAUUACCAGCAUUUUUGGCUUCUGCCUGGGACUAUUUGGCAUAUUGUGCGGAAUGUUCUGGGUGGAUUUCUUCAAUUGGAUAAUGCAAAAGGAAAUGGCUCUAGCACCCGACACACGUGUCUAUGACAACUGGAAGAGUCCCCCAUUGGACCUAAGUCUGGACAUAUAUCUCUACAACUGGACGAAUCCCGAGGAUUAUGGCAACUUUUCCACCAAGCCUAUUAUGCAGCAGGUUGGUCCUUAUCGAUUUACCGAGCGACCUGACAAGGUGGACAUUGCCUGGCAUCCGGAAAAUGCCUCAGUAAGCUAUCGCCGGCUUAGCUAUUUCUACUUUGAUGAAGAGGGCAGCAAUGGAAGCUUGGACGAUGAGAUAAUAACCCUCAAUGCGGUGGCUUUGUCUGCAGCUGCCACGGCCAAGCACUGGUCGACAGGGAAGCGCGCCAUGGUCGAUGUGGGUCUCAGGAUGUAUGGCGCCGAGAUGUCCGUCCAGAAGACAGUUGACGAACUUUUGUUUACCGGUUAUAGCGAUUCUAUGAUUGAUGUGGCCAUGGCCAUGCCCAUUUUUGGGGAUGAUGUAAAGGUGCCCUUCGACAAGUUUGGCUGGUUUUAUACGCGAAAUGGAAGUGCAGAUCUCACGGGUGUUUUUAAUGUCUUCACCGGCGCCGAUCAACUGGCCAAAUUGGGCCAAAUGAGCUCUUGGAAUUAUGUCAAUCACACUGGCUUCUUUUCCUCGUACUGCGGCAUGACCAAUGGCUCCGCCGGAGAGUUCCAGCCACAGCAUUUGAGACCAGGCGACAGUGUGGGACUCUUUACGCCGGACAUGUGUAGGACGAUACCCUUGGAUUAUGUGGAAACGGUGGAAAUUGAAGGUCUGGAGGGGCUUAAGUUCUCUGGGGGACCACGUUCCGUGGAUAAUGGCACUCAAUAUCCCGAAAACCUAUGCUAUUGUGGCGGCGAAUGCGUUCCCUCGGGCGUAAUGAACAUCAGUUCAUGCCGCUUCGGAUCACCCGUCUUCAUGUCCUAUCCGCACUUCUACAACGCCGAUCAAUACUAUAUAGACCAGGUGGAGGGCAUGAAUCCCCAGCAGGAGGAUCACGAAUUCUAUAUGGUGGUAGAGCCCAGCACGGGAAUUCCCCUGGAGGUGGCUGCCCGAUUCCAGGUCAACAUGCUGGUGGAGCCCAUCGACGGAAUCGGUCUGUACUCGGACAUUCCCAAGAUAUUCUUUCCGCUCAUCUGGUUCGAGCAAAAGGUGAGAAUCACCCCGGAAAUGGCCGAUCAGCUGAAGGUACUCCCAAUUGUCCUGAUGUCGGGCCAGAUAUUUGCCGGCAUUUGUCUGGCCGCCGGACUGAUUCUGCUCUGCUGGGCCCCAGUGAUGCACCUAAUGUCCUGGUGCCGGGGCAAUCGUUACGAGCUGAAGACCCAGGGCAAGAGCAAUGGCCAGUUCAAGAGUCGCUCCCAGUUCUCCAGUGCCGAAGAACUCAAGGCCAAGGCCUCCGCCGCCAAGGGUUCACCGGACAGCUCUCCGCUCCUCGAAAAAGCAAAGAAGCCGGUCAUCAUUAAGUCGCAGACUGGCGAGAGCGUGGCCACUGCGUCCACAGCAAUCAGCGAUAAUAGACAGGAUUAAAUGAUGGAUAAUCUCUGGGAAUAGAUCAUCCCAGCCGUCAUCUAUCUAGCUAGUUAAGCCGUCCUAGUGCUUUAGUCUUAGUAACUAGUUUAGUGACACUCCAAAAACAAAGCAUCCAACGAAAUUCCAACCAUUCCCCGUGCCUAUGCCAAAGAUUAGAUAGCCCCGAAGUCCAUCUUCGUUUAGCUAACGAAUACUCUUUUUACAUUCCCUAGUUGUUAAAAAAAAAUGUUUUGUAUUUAAAAUGUGUUUUCAUGACGAAUUCAUGACGGAUUGUGUCGAAUUAAAUAUUUUAUAUAAAA